AAAAAGCGUGCAGCUGUGCACCGGGUUGUAGCGCGCGUAAAUUUUUGUAUGUGCCUUUGUAGCCAUUGUAACUUAACAAAAGUUUGUGAAAUUAUUGUUAGCUACGAAAAAUGGAUGAAACAGUAUUCUUUCCCUCACCUAACUGGUUCCAAGUAUCAGGUUUAGUAGUGAGCAACGAUGGUUGGCUAGCUUACGGCGGUCCAAGCAAAAGUCUUUGUGUCUUGAAACCCGUGCCAGCUGAUGGGAAUGGGGUAGUUGAAGGUGCCGAGCAAUAUACUGCACACGUCUUAAACCGAGCACAUCCGGACAAGAUUGUAAGUUUAGACAUCUCACCAGAAUGGCCGGAGAAGAAGCUGUUGCUGACAGGAAGCGCAAGUGGCUCUGUAAAGCAAUGGAGUUUAGAGGAUGCCAACGGUGGAAUCAAAUUCAAGUCCAAUCUUAGUCAUGACAUUCACACUCAUGAAAAAGAGGAAAUAAUUGGUGUAGCGUACAGCAAUGAGGUGUAUGCUGUAACUGUGGGCAGUUUCGGCAACAUUGUGAAAUGGGACCUAAACGCCAAUGUGGUGAAAACAUUCAAUAACAUGCUAAAGACGUUCAAGCCAACUUGCAUGGCCUGCUCCCACCACAUUACGUUAAAUGUGGCCAUUGGUACCAAGCAGGGAGUUCUUUUUGUGGUGGAUUUGACUGGUGCUGGCAGCCUUAUCUACAAAGUACGCAGUCAGGAUGACGAAAUCAUGAAUGUGAGCUGGUGUCCUCAAUAUGAAGUCCAAGUUGGGAAAUCCGUUGACGAAUCCCAAAGAACUGGCAUUGUUACUGAAAAACCUAGCAAGUUGAAGCCAAAGAAAGGGGCAACUCAAAAAGAGCCUCAGAAAUAUAGUGCCUCUGAGAGAAUGGAAAGAAUUAGACAGCAGGAGGACCUAGAAGAAAAAAAUACUUCUGGUAUCAAAAAAGAUCUUCCCCAAGAUAGUUUUGAAGAUUUUGUAGUUGUUCCUGAAGAUGACAUGUUUGAUAUUUAUAAAGAUCAUGAAGCAGAUGAAUUUGGUCAUAAAAAAUAUCAACCGGAGGAUAUAUUAGUAAAAAUCAAGGAACCCGAUGAGCAGAAUGAUUAUUUGACUGAAUGCUUGAAGCUUAAAGAUGCCAUACUAAAGAAAAAGAAUGAACCAGAGCCCUCAAUUGAGUCAUUAGUAGAGGCAUUGAAGAAAAGUGAUUUAAACAGUGAGAGUGGUCCAAAGGAAGAGGUUCCUAGUGGUAGUAAGGUUAUUAGUGAUUCUAGUCAUGAAGAAAUCAAUAGUAAAGAGGAGCAAGAGGAAUCUAGUUCCGUGUCUAGUGUCCACAUGCAUAAACAUUUGUUAGCAACAAUUGGGAAACAUGGUGGUGUCCGCAUCUGGUCAAAGACAGGCAAGCUCGUGGCCAGCUGCGCGUUGAGCGCCGGCAAGCAACAAGGCCGCUUCAGGAACUCCUGGGCCACGCUGGUUUGGUGCCAGCCUGAGCUGCUGCUCAUAGCUGAUGGGAAGAACCAGUUGUUGGAAUGCAAUCCAUUGAAGCCUGAUUGCAAGAACAAGCUUGUAACAAAGCUGAUUCACAACCUACACAAGCGCGGCUUACACUGCGUGGCCACCAACGCUUGUCGAGCGAACACCGCCUCGCCCGUCGCUUGGAGCGCGUCGCAGGACCGCUCGCUCGUCCGCUACAGCCUGCGCGACCGCUCCACCGCCGUGUACAACACGUGCGGGGGCUUCGUCUACAACGUGCAGUACUGCCCCUAUGACGUCAACAAGGUGGCGGUGAGCGUAGGCGACGGCGCCGUGCGCGUGUGGACGGCCGAAGAGUCUGAAGAAGCGGAGGGCAAGCUGUCGGCCGGCCGGGUCGUCACCUACUGGCAGCACGUGCAAGGCAAAGUGCUCACAGUAGCCUGGCAUCCUACCAAGGAGAACUUGCUGGCGUUUGGAACUGCUGAAUCUAGGGUGGGAUUGAUAGAGGCAGGAUCGGGCGAACGACCGGCGCGCACGCUUGGCUCGGGCCUGUCAGGCGGCGUGUAUGCGCUAGGCUGGGGCGCCGAACGCCUUUACGCAGCCGCGCGUCAGGAGCUCAGGGCCUACUGCACAGACCGCCCCGAUGAAUCGGGAACUCCAGUGCCGGUGUCAGUGGAAGGCGCCUCGUGGGGCGUGACGGCCGUGCGCGUGCGCGACGGGCUCAUGUGUGUCGGCAGCGACGCGGGCGGCGUGGCCUUGCUACGCGAAUUAGAAUCGACGCUGCUGGCGGCCACCUUCGUGGGCAGUAAAAUGAUCCACACCAUCGAAUGGCACCCGCAGCAGACGUCUUUCGCCAACGAGGAGUCUCCGCAUAAGAAUUUGAUCGCCGUGUGCUCACAGGACAAGGCGAACGCAGUCGUUAUAUUAGAGUAUAUCGAUAAGGAAGAAAACCAGCCGAAGUUGAUUGAAUUCAAGAGACUCAUAGGACACACGAACACUGUUUUGCAAGUGGCGUGGAGUCCGCAUUAUGAUAUGAGACUGUUGUCCACUUCGCACGAUGGCACCGUGAGGGUAUGGGACGUAACCUCGGGCACUUGCGUGUCGAUAUUCGGCGGGCACGGCGGCACGGCGCUGGGCGCGGCGUGGGCGGCGCCGGCCGCGCUCUCGCACCACGUGCUGUCCGGCGGCGCCGACUGCUGUCUGCGGCUGUGGGACGCGCGCCGACACACCGCCGAGGCUUACGCCGCGCUCUCGCACCACGUGCUGUCCGGCGGCGCCGACUGCUGUCUGCGGCUGUGGGACGCGCGCCGGCACACCGCCGAGGCUUACGCCGCGCUCUCGCACCACGUGCUGUCCGGCGGCGCCGACUGCUGUCUGCGGCUGUGGGACGCGCGCCGGCACACCGCCGAGGCUUACGCCGCGCUCUCGCACCACGUGCUGUCCGGCGGCGCCGACUGCUGUCUGCGGCUGUGGGACGCGCGCCGGCACACCGCCGAGGCUUACGCCGCGCUCUCGCACCACGUGCUGUCCGGCGGCGCCGACUGCUGUCUGCGGCUGUGGGACGCGCGCCGGCACACCGCCGAGGCUUACGCCGCGCUCUCGCACCACGUGCUGUCCGGCGGCGCCGACUGCUGUCUGCGGCUGUGGGACGCGCGCCGGCACACCGCCGAGGCUUACGCCGCGCUCUCGCACCACGUGCUGUCCGGCGGCGCCGACUGCUGUCUGCGGCUGUGGGACGCGCGCCGGCACACCGCCGAGGCUUACGCCGCGCUCUCGCACCACGUGCUGUCCGGCGGCGCCGACUGCUGUCUGCGGCUGUGGGACGCGCGCCGGCACACCGCCGAGGCUUACGCCGCGCUCUCGCACCACGUGCUGUCCGGCGGCGCCGACUGCUGUCUGCGGCUGUGGGACGCGCGCCGGCACACCGCCGAGGCUUACGUAGAAACGAAAGAAGAAGCGCCGAAGAAAGACAAGAAGAAAAAGAAAGACAAAAAGGAAAUCAAACCUGAAGCCGCGGCCGAAGAUUCCGAAACUGCAGACACCGAAAGCAACGGUGUAGCGGCCACCUUAGAAUCGAAAGUGAAGAUUUCCAAGAAGUUCCUGCUCCCAACCAUCACUAAACAGAUGCAAAAGCCAAAGACGAAGGGAGCCAAGAGGUUGCUCCACAAUUUCAUGGUAAAGAAGAAUUUGGAGACGGCUGUUGAGAAUACUGAGGAAUAUGAUCUCGAUUAUAUCAAGAUGUUCGGGAAUUCGAAGGAGGUUAAUGAAAUAUUCGAUAUGGAAAUGGAGCAUCACCUGCGCGUGGGCAAUACUGAAUCAUGGCUAGUGCUGUGCGUGCUGCGCGGACAUAUUGAUGCGGCGCUGCGCCUCGCCGCCGAGCGCGACCUGCUCUGUCCCUACCUGCUGAGCCUCGCGCCCGGCGUCUCUUCCAAGUACUGGAAAGACGCGUGUAAAUUGUAUUUGGCUCAAAUAGAUCGACUCGUCGCUAACGGCGAGGAAGAGAAAUUAGUCGUGAACAAGAACUACGGCGGGCCCGUGUACCGCAAGGUUCUGACGAUGCUGAGUCUGCAGGACGUAAUCGGUGCGGUGAAGACCCUCGUCGAGAAUAAACUGUACAAGGAGGCCUAUUUGCUGUGCCGGAUAAGAUAUAUGGACACAAUCGGAGAGGAAGUCCUGCAGUCAUGGGCCAAGAACUGCCUCCACUCUGGAGUGUUCGACAUGGCUGCUGUAUGCCACCUCGCCCUGGGCAACCUGCUGGAGGCGGCGACGUGCCUCAGCAAGUGCCCCCACACCGACAACCUGAGCCUCGCCGCGGAGCUCGCGCGCGCCGCCGGACAGACCAUCCUUGCUGACAACCUCAUAGGUAGGACGCUGAACACCCCUGGGUGUCCUGACGUGGCGACGGAACUCGACAAGAUGCUGCCUUCCAGGGCCGAGUUGUUCUUGCGAGAGGUGCAGAGCAUCGGAGGUGCUAACGGAGACAACGGGAAAGAUGAUAAUGAAUAGGUUUUUAAAAGUCGCGCGAUGCGUCUAGAACGCGAACCGCAUAUUGUACAGACAUCCUGGUGGCGAUACUGGCGGGUUACUCCUAUUAAGUUGUUUUCGGUGGUACACUGACAAUUUGGUAUAUCAACCUGGUGGGAAGGACCCGUACUGACGGAUUCCUGAAUAUGAUAUGUACUUGUAUAAAUUUAACUGUCCAUUCCUGUGUACUUCUGGCCUCCUGAGACCCAAAAGCUUUGCAAAAGUUUUGUUAUUGAAUUUGGAACUCUGUUAAUGAAUAACAGAGUAACAUAACCUGCGAUACACAAGAAAACUGAACUCUUUCAUGCAGAUACUUUCUGUGGCGUUGGCCUUGUGUCAAUACUUUAAGAUUUCGAUUCAGGCCCACCAACGCGGCAAAAAAAGAAGAAAAAAUAUUGUUCUGUUUUGGAACUCUGGUAUUCAUUGAAAGUUAUAAAUAGAUUUUUUGAAUAUGUAAACUUUCACCGGAUGGUACCGGGGGUCUUAGGAGUUUCUAGUUAUACUCUUUAUAAUAUAAAUUUGAACUCUGUGUUGCCCGUUGAAGCCUAGUGGCGCUGUGUACUGUUUCUUGUCGGAUUGUAUAUAAACAUCCAUAUCAUAAGUGUUAAUGCUCUAAAAUACCUAUGAGGUUUUUAUUUAUAAUUGUUUUUAUUAACGUACACAUGUAUAUGUAUGUUAAAAUAUUAAGGAGGAUUCAAUUUCCUAUUUUUUUAUCUACUUGUACUUUUUCAAACACACUUUUUUAUUGUUAAAUGUAUGAUCUUUAAGUAUUCAUGUCAUGUUAAACUAGGCUUGUGAUGUAUUGUUUAAGUUUAAUUGUGAAUAAAAUAAUGUCUGUUCUCA